CUUCUCUCUGCCCCUGGAAGUGCCAAGGUGAGGCCCUGAACAGCAGAGGUUCGGGUAACAGACAAAACUAUGUUAAAAUCCCAGCUGCUCCUCUUGGCUGUGAGACCUGAGAGGCACCUUCGUGGGGCUCAGUUCCACCAUCUGAAAAGUUAAAUGAGCUCAGAGAUGUGAAAGACCUGCCCAAGAAGCUCAAUGAAGGUCAGUGUCCUAGACACUGUGGCUCUUUCUCUUGCCCUGUUAACAUCCAAGACUGAAGUCACUGGGGACAAUGAGGGGAGGCCCAGAGAAGGACUUCGGCUUUGAUUCUACAUGAUACGGCACGGGGAGACUCUGAGCUGAGGUGCGACAUGACAUGACUUGAUAUCCUAAGAGGAUUUUGCCUUGUUAACACUAAUGAAGACCAGGGCAGAAGAAGCAGUCAGGAGGCCAUUGCAAUGACCCAGCCCACCAAGACAUGGCGUCAAAGAUCUUCUGUUGUUGCUGCCCAGCCAGCGAGGGGUCCUCUACCACUGCUGUGUCACGUAGUCCCAGGAUAUCCCAGCAGCAUCAGCCGCGGUCCUUCAAUCUGAACACAGAUUCUCGCAAGAAUGGUUUCCAAAAGAGAUACGCACACCACCCCGCCAACAACUGGAUACUGAACGGAUGCACUCUUGGGAGGCCCUGAGCAUUCUAGUCGGCAGCGCCCAUGCUGUGUGGCUGCUCAAGCAGCUCCUCCAGGAGGAAGGGGGCGGUGAGCAGGAGGCUAUGAAGAUGGAUUCAGAAACUCCCCUGGAGGAGGAGAAGAUGUCUGAGCCACCCCUGUGCCACCAGCAAGAGUCACGCCAGCCACUGCGGGAGGGGCUGCAUCCAAUUAAAGUCUCUGGUUGCAUCACAGGACGGUGUCCCUCCUUCUUUC